UCCAAUCUGUUUUUGAAAUCAAACUUUAUUUUGCAUCACUUUCUCCUCCUCUCUCAGAAUAACCAGGUGGUCGGCGUGGGCAGCGGAUCGACCAUCGUCUAUGCCGUGGACAGAUUAGCUGAACGAGUCCGAGAGCAGAAACUCAACAUCGUGUGUGUGCCAACUUCCUUCCAGGCUCGUCAGCAGAUUCUGCAGCACGGCCUCACUCUGUCGGAUCUGGACAGACACCCUGAGCUGGAUGUGGCGAUCGACGGGGCCGAUGAAGUGGACGCAGAUCUCACGCUGAUAAAAGGCGGAGGCGGCUGCCUGACUCAGGAGAAGAUCGUCGCCGGCUGUGCUAAACAUUUUGUCGUCAUCGCCGACUACAGGAAGAACUCCAAGGACCUGGGACAGCAGUGGAAGAAGGGCGUUCCCAUCGAGGUGAUCCCCAUGGCGUACGUUCCCGUGUCCCGGAUCAUCGCCAAACGCUUCAGAGGCGAGGCCAACUUACGGAUGGCCGUCAGUAAAGCGGUAGAUGUGUUUUCAUCUAGCUAG